UCCGUCUAUUGUGUUUAACUGACUUAACGUCACUAUUUUUUAACUUGGUUUCUUCCUGGACUUUUCAAGCGUUUGCGACUUUUAUCGGAGUUUUGAAUUGAAUCAACAUGGGUGCUUGUUUGGCACUGAGUUCCCUUGCCAGUUGUGCGUCCUGUUUGUGCGGCUCGGCCCCCUGCCUCCUGUCAUCAUGCUGCCCUUCAACGUACAACUCCACCGUGAGCCGCCUGGCCUUCUCCUUCCUGCUGCUGCUCGGGACUUUUGUGUCUAUUAUUAUGAUUCUGCCGGGCAUGGAAGAACAUCUUAAAAAGAUUCCAGGUUUCUGCAUGGGUGGGUCAACCAUACCUGGCAUAGAGAACAAGGUCAACUGUGACAUCAUCGUGGGCUACAAGUCAGUGUACCGCAUGUGCUUCGCCAUGGCCUGCUUCUUCUUCCUCUUCUCCAUCAUCAUGAUCCGAGUGCGCAGCAGCAAGGACCCCCGAGCUGCCCUCCAAAAUGGUUUCUGGUUCUUCAAAUUCCUCAUGCUGGUUGGCAUAACUGUGGGAGCUUUCUUCAUUCCUGAUGGCAUCUUUACUACAGUGUGGUAUUACUUCGGCAUGGGGGGCUCUUUCAUCUUCAUCAUCAUCCAGCUCAUCCUGCUGGUGGACUUCGCCCACUCCUGGAACCAGUCUUGGCUGGAUAAGGCAGAGAACGGAAACACCAAGUGUUGGUUUGCAGCUCUGCUGUCUUUCACCUUCAUCAACUAUGCCUUGGCUUUCACUGCCGUCGUGCUCUUCUAUGUGUUUUACAUCCAACCUGACGACUGCACGGAGCACAAGGUCUUCAUCAGCCUCAACUUCAUUUUCUGCAUCAUUGUGUCCAUCGUGGCCAUUCUUCCCAAAGUUCAGGAGGCUCAGCCCAGCUCAGGCCUGCUCCAGGCCUCCCUCAUCUCCCUCUACACCAUGUACAUCACCUGGUCAGCCAUGACCAACAACCCCAACCGGCAGUGUAACCCGAGUCUGUUGAGUUUGGUCCAGCGCGCCAGUCCAACUCCACCACCGGGACCUGCUCCUGCCCCUGGAAACGUCCAGUGGUGGGACGCGCAAGGCAUCGUGGGAUUGAUGAUUUUCUUGUUCUGCACUCUUUAUGCCAGUAUCCGCUCCUCCAACAACACCCAGGUGAACAAGCUAAUGCAGACUGAGGAGGGCCAGGGUCUGACCGCUGACGAGGAGGCCGCCACAGGGGAGGACGGAGUCCGACGGGCUGUGGACAACGAAUAGGAGGCCGUCACCUACAGCUACUCCUUCUUCCACUUCAGCCUCUUUCUGGCCUCCCUCUACAUCAUGAUGACCCUCACCAACUGGUACAAGCCCGAGAGCGACUACCAGGCCAUGCAGACCACCAUGCCGGCCGUCUGGGUGAAGAUCGGCUCCAGCUGGCUCGGCUUGGCCCUCUACCUGUGGACCCUGGUGGCUCCGCUGGUGCUCCCCGACAGAGACUUCAACUGAAAACGGUAGAGUCUCUCCACAUUGGUCGAUAGCCUCUUGCUGUUUGCACCUUAAGGGAAGAUAGCUUUAGCUUCAAAUCAUCCAGCUUGAAAUGUUUGAUUUUACUCACAACUCCACAUUUAAAGUUGCAAACUGAAAUGUUAAUGUGCUUUUGUUUUUGACCCUAAGCCAUUGCACAAUUCACAGUUAACGUUAAUGUGGGUUCUUGUCUCGAUUAAAUUUUCAUUUUUGCAGAGGCUUAGUUGAGCUUUAAUCACACACUGUUUUUUGCCUCAGGUUAUUUUUCUAUUUUUCUUCCACAGUUACAAAUAUGAGAAUUGAGAGCACUACAUGCCUUUAUACAACAAGACCAAAUCAAUCUUAAAUUAUCUCUGUGGGAAAUUCAUGUUGUGACUGCGUUCACUACAUUUACAUUGUAUUUGUACUUUAAAAAAAAAAAAAAAAAAUCAUUGCCUUUAAAUCAGUUUAAUUUUAUGGAAAUGUUCUGUCUGAAUUAUGAGAUAUACUUUUCUACUUUUGCAUUUUUAUUGCACAGCUUUGUUUUAGUUCCCCGUUUUAUAACAAGAGUGCAUUAUUAUAUUAUGUACACACAAAUUAUUCACAGGGACCAUUUUUGAUAUAUUUUAAAGUAGUUAUGUUCACUUUUCAGUGUAAAGUGUCUUCACCAACAUAUGUUCACUUUUCUUUAUAAUCAAUAAAGUUGACAUUCUGUUUAAUGUCUUUAA